UCCAGCUCCAAUUCUCUCUCGAUCUCUAAACUUCCAUCGUCAACCAAUCAAUAUAUUAUUACCCCCCUUAGUCAUAUCAUCACUCUAUUAGCUAUAUAUAAAUAUAUAAUCUAUUAUACUAAUCAUAAUCAGUAUAUAUAUGGAUCUCGUCAAGAACGGCGGUGGUCUUCCCGGCUCCGAUGACGACGCCGACCUCCGGCGAGGCCCUUGGACCGUCGAGGAAGACUUUGCCCUCAUCAACUACGUCGCCCACCACGGCGAGGGCCGGUGGAACUCCCUCGCUCGCUCCGCCGGCCUGAAACGCACCGGAAAAAGUUGCAGGUUACGAUGGCUCAAUUAUCUCCGGCCUGACGUCCGUCGUGGAAACAUCACCCUCGAAGAACAAGUCCUCAUUCUCGAACUUCAUUCUCGUUGGGGCAAUAGGUGGUCGAAAAUUGCACAACAUUUGCCCGGGAGGACCGAUAAUGAGAUAAAGAAUUAUUGGAGGACUAGAGUGCAAAAGCACGCCAAGCAGCUAAAAUGUGACGUGAACAGCAAGCAAUUCAAGGACACCAUGCGCUACCUAUGGAUGCCUAGGCUGAUGGAGAGAAUUCAGGCCGCCGCCGCCACUACCGCCACGUCCUCUUCCACCACCACGGACAAUGUCAUUCCGGCCACCUACGACCAAAUCCACGAUCACGUCCAAAGCAUGGACAUCUCCACCACGUCGAGCCACAUGUCCGACGUGGCGGACUACAACGACUGCAUGAAUUUCACGGUGGCGGAGAACUCGAGCACCACCUCCGAUUCCUUCGGCACGCAAUUCUCGCCGGUUUCCGACGGCUAUUACAAUAAUAUGCCCAUUCCUAACCACGGUCAUGAAUUUGUUUAUGGCGGUCAAACCUUAACCAGCCCGACCGCCGGUUACUUUAACCAUGGUCCCGAGUUGGAACAAACCAUGGAACAAAACACCAACCAAUGGAUAAACGGUGGGGAUGUGUCCGACAACCUAUGGAGCGUCGAAGAUAUGUGGCUCCUCCAGCAAAGAUUCAACUAUCUUUCCUGAAAGAGCAAUAAAGUAUAUAGAAAUAUUAUGGCAUGGAAUGUUUGGAAUAUGAUGUAGAAUUUAAUUUUUUACAGAAGGGAAGUUGAGUUUGAUUUAAUUAAUUAAAUCAGAUAUAGUUGACAGCAAGGAAAGAAAAAGCAACAAGAAAUAUUAAAUUAGUGUGGUCAAUUAGGACACAUGCUAAUUUCAACUUAAUGAGUUACAGCUGUAUAAUUAUUGUGAUUUGUGAUGAAAAAUUUUCCUUUUUGUUAGUGUUUGGGUAUUUGGAUUAGUGAUGGAGAUGGAUGUAUACGUAUGAUUGUAACCUCGUGAUACUUUAAUUAUGGUCUUGAUGAGGAAUUGUGUUUUGACUUUGCUAA